ACAAUAGAACAAGGCGUUAAGCUGUUUUCUUUCUUUAUCUUCUUGAUUGCAGGUUCACAAUUUUCCUGGUUAACAUUACUUGCAGUAGUUGCCAAAUUUUCAGUCUUAAAACUAUCCAAUGCUUCUGAGAAGUUUUUGUUCCUCAGGAUCUCUUCCAUUAAAGAUGUAAACACUGUUCCAGUACUGACUGUGUUUUGUUGAGUAUCAGGUAGAUUAUUUUUAACUUUUAUAGUAGAGUCUUGUCCUUGUGUUACUGUAAAAGUUAAAUCAUUCUUUUUAUUGUUGGCAAUCUUUGAAGCAAGCUCAACAUAGAUAUUAGUAGGUAGGAUAACAACUGGCAUGACGGUCUUUCCAUUUGCAAAGGAACACACACCAGGUACAUUGUCAUUAUAGUAYUGUUGAGCUUCUCCUGCUGGUUUGGGUAAAAUAGGUCUCAAGUUACGACAAACUUGUCCAGAGGUAGCAAGUGGAUUUUGUACAAUUGGUUGAGCAUGCUUCAUGACUUCUUGCAUUAUAUUUUUCUUUCCUUCAGGUGAGAUGGACCAGUAACUUCCUUUGCCAGGCAGAUCAAGGGGUCUUUUUUCUUUAAGGAAAAAACUAUGCAGUGAGAGAUUGUGCCGGAUAGAAUUCUGAAACGAACAAAAUGAUAGCGUAAAUCAGAAUGACAAUCCCAAGCUAAUGCAGGCUAAAGUUAGAAAAAUUAUCAACAAGCACAAGAAUUAAUAUAUCAUACUCCGUUUAUCAAAGAAAAAGACUUACUUUCCAAGCCUUUUUGCACUUUUUAUAGUAAGGGUAAUUAGUUUCUAUCCACUUGUAGAUGUCUUGUAGUGUCAUCUUUUUAUCAUCUGUGCUGUUGAUAGCUAGCAGAAUCAAUGUAGCGUAUGAAUAUGGCGGUUUAGAGUAAGGAUUGGGAGAAUCUGGUAAGAUGGCAUUUGAUAAUGCAUCUUGAGCCGCGUUUUCACGAGCUUGAAGAAGUUCAGAGGAUUCUAGUCCACACAACCAUUGAAUGUUGGUAAGACUGUCGUCCAGCGAAUUACCACUCGUGGUCCCUACGAAAAUAUCAUCAUAAGUUAGUACAAGCUACCUAUUAUGAUGAUCUCAUGUUUAAUAGCAAUCUCAAACAGAAAUAUAAUGAUUUAGGCACCGUGUUGAAAUGAAUACAAGCUUUAUAAAAGCGUGCCCAGUGCAAAUAUCAACGACUAUCAAACAGACCGUCACGAUUCACUCCCUCAUCGUCACUGACAAACAAUAUGAUUUCCUAUACAUGAAAUAAUUUGUUACCUUCUUUUGAAGACAUUUUCCUGCUAAAAGUAAGAAAUUAACAUAAAAAAGGCAAAGAUUUUGACGUUGAAAUGAACGUGGAACAACUCAUCAAACAACUGGUAACAUUUAAAAUCCUCGCCGUUUGAAAUCAACCAAUCAAAACAAAGCCUCGACUAAGUGUAUGAAUAUCCCAUGAUGCAUCACCGGAAGUGACUGAAAGUUUCAAGACGACAUCAACAUGGUGGAUGAUCAUCAUUUUUCUGAUGGUUAAAAACUGCUAAAAUAAUUAAGAAGAUGGUGUGUAGAUACAGCAAAGAAGUAUUUUUUGGUAUUUUACUUCAAGUAGCAUUAUGUUUUCAAGAAAUUUCUAGAAUAUCGCGAGAUAUUACUUUGCCGCAUACAAUACCACAUUAUAUKCAAAGUGCAAAUUCCAAAAAGUAUGAAAUAUCCUCCAGUGGUGGAAAGGUUUUCGAUCUUCAGUCAAGAGUACAGUUGGAUUUAACUCUGAGAAGAACUGAGGAUAGUUGGUCCUUUGUGAUUUUCCAUGCUCAUUCAAAGUACAAAGACAUACAAGUUUCAUCUGAUCCAUCAUUUAAUUAUUCCACUACAAACAUAGGAUCUGAUGCUUCCAUCCUAACAAAGCUUCCUUAUAUGAGAAAGGGGCAGUAUAUCCACUUUUAUAUCAAAGCCAACUCUUCUGAAGAGUUCCAAGCAGAUGUGUUCUCAACCCCAUACAAUAAUGGUGCUCCAUUUCCUGGGGGAUGUUGUCUAACCUGUAGUAUGGAAAUAGAUCCAAACCUUUACAUAACAUAUAACAAUUCUAACCUUAAAACAACACUGCUGUUUUCACAUGCCAAUGUGUACUACAGAAGAGGUAGCAAAGAAGUGCCCUGUGACAGCAAUGAACAUCACCAAUCACCAGAACACUACAGGCUUGAGUACAGCCUUUAUCAGGCCUUUCUAGAUGAAGGAAAUUUGGAUGAAGACAAACUUUUUCAAGGAUUGGGAAUGAUGUCUUCACCAUCUACCAUCAAAUGCUAUGGUAAAAAGAUUGCCAGUCUGAAGGCUCCUGCUAUACCAAGAGUAUACCUGGACACAGUUCCUGGUCAAGGAAUUAUUUAUAAUAUUAUAGUGAGUGAUCCCAAGACCAAUACUGAAGCAGCAUAUUCACCAGCGCACACUUAUGGAUGUAGUUUUACAUCAAAACUUGGCAACUGUCACUCUGUUGUUUCAACAAUCAAUAAGGUCUUUGCUGUCAUUGGGGCUGUGAUUGCACUCUUUAUGUGUUUCAUGGGGCAUCGUUAUUUCAAGCUGGCUUUGUUUUUAGGUGGCCUUAUGAAUUGUGGUUUUAUAUGCUUUAUAAUAUUAUCGGAAUCCACAAGCUUAUCACAUACAGGGCUGAUGCUGUCCAGUGCAGCUCUUGGUGCUGUUGGUGGUAUUUUAGUGUUCCUUCUGUGGUGGUUUACUGAGUACAUUCGGCUAUGUUUGCUCAUUAAUGCCCUGUUCCUUGGUUUUCUUGCUGCUGGGUGCUUGAUGUUUUCUCCUGUUGGCUCACUGGAUGCAUGGCAAAGUGAUUUUAACUAUGGAAUGAUGGUGAUAGCUGUAACUCUUGUUGUACCUUUUAUUAUGUUACCUUGGCCUAAGUUAUUGAAUAUUGUCUACACUUCGGUUGUUUCUUCUUAUGGUUUUAUCAUUGGUAUUGAUGCAUUCAUACACACAAGUAUGUCAUAUCUAGUGCUGAAUAUCAUCAUCCGUGCAAUCGAAACAGACUACAAUACUGUGAUUGURAUAAGACCAUUCCAGCUUAAAGAUAUUAUACUGUCCAUUACAUGGGUGAUUCUAGCUAUCCUAGGUAUGACCAUUCAAUAUGUUUUGGCAAGAAAACGAAUGGAUUUUGGAAAGAGCGGAUACUUAGAACAGCAACGAGCCAGACGAUAUUAUGACAGGACAGAUGUCAGUGAGCGUACACCCAUUCUCAUCAAUUCUCAUGGAUAUAAAAGUAAUGAGAUAUGCUGAUUUACUUAAAUUGUACAGAAAUAAAGUAAUUUUGAAUAUA